AUGGCUUUCAAUGUGCGCCUCGGGUCGCUGACCCUAUUGAUGGUUUUGCUACAAACUGUAUCGGCUCAAUUCUGCUCCUUUUGGAAUAACGGAUGCAUCGACUCGCUCGCUCAGACUGCAAUUCGCUUCGACCUCAAACCUCUCUUUCCGGACCCCGUCACGCUUUACUACAGCUUUGAUGCCAGUUCCUCUGGCAAGGGCGCGGGGCCCAUGACCAAAACGGCCUUUUGGCUGGGAUAUCAAAAUGACAACAUCAAUGUAAACGCGGUCGACUCAAAUCGCACCUCGGAAAUUGGACUCAGGAUCGGCAAUUUAACCGGUACCCCUUCUGGGGGGAACAACGGAUGCGAUGGGAUUUGGGGGGAUGACUGUUCCCGUGAUCUUAAGAGCGCUCUGCAGAAUGGCAUUUACCUUCUUGCGGUGUCGGGCGAAUACUAUUCCAAGCCUCUCGAGGUCGUUCUCAACAACAUGUUGAUAAAGCCUCCGUCGCUGCCUUCGUGCCCACCACCCACUCUUGAUGUCGCGGCCAUUCCAGUCCAAGAUUUCGCCAAAGAACGAGUCCCGGAUCAGAACGUCACCAUCAUGCCACCUGGCUCGGGCGCUUGGCCUUGGCAGGUCUGGUAUCUCGAUAACAUGAACGCCCGCAACCAAGCUUCCCAGGUGGCAGUUGGCAUCAUCAGUCGCGCCCCUGCUUAUAAUAGCGCACCACCGGACGGCCCAAAUGACAUCAUGGUUGAACUUGUCUGCAUUCAGGCUCCUUCUACUGGAACUUCGAAGGGCUCUCAAGAUUAA